UUGCAGUUCAAGCCGUGGAGUUAUCUAGCCAGUUUGAAGCUUACAGGAACUCCUCCUGAGGGCUUGGAUUCAAAGCAGUUUGCUGCUUGUUUAUCUGCCAGUAUGGAGUCUGACGACGAUGUGCCUCUUAUCUUAACCUGGGACGAAGCGAACAGCGGUCUGCUAAACGAAGAAACAGAAAGAGGAGAUGAAACCGGUUUGCAUGACGAUCGAUGCUGUAAGGAGAACCCAGUAGUGAUCUCCUCCUACGCCUCACAUGUAGAACUAGACUACACGGAUGGGCGUGGUAAUUAUGACAUAAUGAACAAUGCUGUGGUCUCAACACCAGGACCACAAAACAACAGAAGCCAAAACGUGUCCCUGAGACAAAGCUGGGAGAUGAACUACCAGGAGGCAGCCAUCUACCUGCAGGAGGGAGAAAACAAUGACAAGUUCUUCACUCACCCUCGCAACCCCAAAGCUCUGGCAGCAUACCUGUUUGCUCAUAACCACCUGUUCUACAUGAUGGAGCUGCUCACAGGCCUGCUGCUGAUGAUGCUGUCGCUAUGCGAAGCUCCCGCCGUGCCCUCAUUACGCCUGGAUGUGUAUGUCCAUGCCACCCUGGAGCUUCUGGCUUUGGUUAUGGUGGCAUUUGAGCUCUGCAUGAAGCUCCGCUGGUUAGGCUUCCACACCUUCAUACGGCACAAGAGGACCAUGGUGAAGACGUGUGUGUUGCUGCUACAGUUUGUGGAGGCCAUUGUGGUUCUGGUCAGGCAAACGUCUCACCUUCGAGUGACCAGAGCGCUCAGGCCCAUAUUCCUGGUGGACUGUCGAUACUGUGGGGCAGUGCGCAGAAACUUGCGUCAGAUCUUCCAGUCUCUCCCGCCUUUCAUCGACAUCCUCCUGCUUCUGCUUUUCUUUAUGGUUAUUUUUGCCAUCUUGGGUUUCUGCCUUUUCUCUACAAACACUACUGACCCGGUAUAUUUCCUUCCUGACUUUAACUCUGUCUUCUCACCACAGUACUUCAGCACUCUGGAGAACAGCCUCGUCAGCCUGUUCGUGUUGCUGACCACAGCAAAUUUUCCUGACGUGAUGAUGCCAGCCUACUCCAAGAACCGCUGGUCUUGUGUUUUCUUCAUUGUUUACCUCUCCAUAGAGCUUUAUUUCAUCAUGAACCUGCUUCUCGCUGUGGUGUUUGAUACAUUUAAUGGUGUUGAGAAGAUGAAGUUUAAAUCUCUUUUGCUUCACAAGCGCUCUGCAGUUGAUCAUGCCUUUCAGCUGCUAGUGAGCCGACAGAGACCGAUGGGUGUGUCUCUUAAACAGUUUGAUGGUCUGAUGCGUUUCUACAGACCACGGAUGUCAGCAAGAGACCGCUUCCUUACAUAUAAAGCUCUGAACACAUCCGGGGCUUCCAUGCUCAGUCUUCAGGACUUUUAUAAGUUCUACGAGGUCAUCGGUCUGAAAUGGAAGGUAAUUACUUUUGCAUUUGCAUUAGCACUUCAUGGCUGCAGCAGGCACGUCGCAGCGGAGAACACUGGUUUGACGACCUUCCACACACAGCGUUUCUCAUUUUCAAGGGCAAGGAUCAACCUGCUUGUGAAGUCAAAGGCCUUCCAGUACACCAUGUAUGUGGUGGUGGCCAUCAACGGUGUGUGGAUCCUGGUGGAGACGUACUCACUGAAUAGUGGUUAUUCUUGGUCCAAGUCAGUUCCCUGGAGUUAUAUUGUUUUCCUGACUAUUUAUGGUGUAGAGGUGUUGUUGAAAUUAACAGGUUUGGGGCCAGUGACUUACUUCAGCUCAGGGUGGAAUCUGUUUGACUUCUCUGUGACGGUGUUUGCCUUCCUGGGCCUGAUUGCUCUCGCCUUCAACAUGGCCCCCUUCUACUUCAUUGUGGUGCUCAGACCACUCCAGCUGCUCCGGUUAUUUAAGAUAAAGCAGAGGUAUCGCAACGUGUUAGACACCAUGUUUGAGCUCUUCCCACGAAUGGCAAGUCUGGGACUGACACUCAUCAUCUUCUAUUAUUCCUUUGCCAUCGUUGGCAUGGAGUUCUUUGCCGACGUAAUUUACCCCAACUGCUGCAACACCAGUACAGUGGCAGACUCCUACAAACUGAUCAACGACACGUCUGCCAACAAGACGGUGUUGGAAGAUGGCUACUAUUAUCUCAAUAACUUCAACAACAUUCUCAGCAGCUUUGUGACUCUGUUUGAGCUGACAGUGGUCAACAAUUGGUACAUCACCAUGGAAGGAGUGACGUCUAUGACGAGCCACUGGAGUCGCCUGUACUUCAUGACUUUUUACAUAGUCACCAUGGUGGUGAUGACCAUCAUUGUGGCUUUUAUUCUUGAUGCGUUUCUGUUCCGCAUGAACUACAGCCGCAAGAACAGGGAGCCGGUGGAUAAUCCAGAAGAUGAAAAUGGGAUAGUGUUCGAGGUAGAGGUGAGUCGAGACGAAGUUCUGGCCACCUUCGAGCUGUACAAACAGACGUGUCCAGGACUGUCUUCCCUCAGUUCUCUGACAAGAGUCCUACAAGCUAUGGACAAGGGCGGGCACUCGUCUCUGGUGUACCUGGGCCGCAGGUCGAGGACAAAGAGCGACCUCAGCAUGAAAAUGUAUGAGGAGGAGAUCCAGGUCAGGGACAGCAGAAAUGAUGCGGUGGGCCACGACUGUGUUCAGACAUCCUCUCUUCAUCUGCUGUAUGCCUUGUUUCCCCAGGAGUGGUAUGCAGAGUAUUCAAGGGAGAGCCUGCCUCAACCAGACCAAAGCCCAGAGCCAGAUCUGGACAGUCCUGUCUCCAACCCGUCCCCCCUCCCUCAGCUGAAUUCACAGACUGGACAUCACAGCAUUAACUGA